UCGUAGAUCUCUGCUGAUAUAUUUAUCUGUGGCGUUGUCAUUGUGUAUUUUACUCGAUUCUAAUUUUCGACAGUUUAUUAACACGGUAUCAAGAUGAUGAUGGACUAUUUUGUGACGAACAAUUCCUUAGCACCCGCACCGAUGGGUAUACAAAGCACGGCGGGUGCUGUGCCUGUAAAAAAUGACAAAGGAGAAUUGUCUAUGAAAAAGGUAAAGGUACAUCGUUAUGUUUCUGGUAAACGGCCAGAUUACGCGGCGGCAAGCUCAGAUGAGGAAUCGGAAGAGGAGGAUUUUCUCGAAAAACGUGUACAUAAGAGUUACGACGACAACGAAGCCGUCACGGAUAUUACUACGCACUCGCACGCAAGAAUUAGGGACGAGGAUGAUCCGCGUUUACGAAGAUUAACGCGACAGCAAAAGGAAACACCAACAGAAGUGCGAACAGAGAGACACAGACACAUUCAUGAGCCCGAGUUCAUCGAAAUUGAAUUGGAUAGAACGCGAGAGAGGAUCAAAUUAGAGAGCUCCGAUUCGUCCGAGGAUGAAGAAUUGUCUGACUCUGAGAUAGAGAAACGACGAGAAGCCCUAAAGCAACGAGUGCUGUCCAAGAAGGAUACGGAGGAAGAAUUGAUACACGGCGAAGAGGAGGACAGAUCGGGCGAAAGUUCGGAGGAGAGCUCGGAAUACGAGGAAUAUACAGAUUCCGAAGAAGAGACUGGGCCGCGAUUAAAACCCGUAUUUGUUCGUAAAAAGGACAGAAUCACAGUGAUGGAAAAGGAGAAGGAGACGAUGCGGCUAAAGCAAGCAGAGAUUGAGAUUAAAAAACUGGCCGAAGAACGAAAGAGGCAAACUUUGAGGAUGGUGGAGGAGGCAGUGCGGAAGGAGACGCAGAUGGGCAAUAAAGGUAAUGUCGAGCAGGAGAGUAAAUUGAACGACGUUUGCACAGACGAUGAGAAUGACGAGGUAGAAUACGAAGCUUGGAAAUUGCGCGAGCUAAAGAGAAUCAAGCGAGAUCGCGAGGAGAGAGAGCAACUUGAAAAGGAACGUUUGGAGAUCGAGCGCAUUCGUAAUAUGACUGAGGAGGAACGAAGGCAAGAGGCUCGAUUGAAUCCGAAAAUGAUUACCAAUAAAGCGGCGAAAGGAAAGUACAAGUUCUUGCAGAAAUACUAUCAUCGUGGUGCAUUCUACUUGGAUAGAGACGAUUCUAUAUUUAAACGCGACUUCUCUGGUGCGACCUUAGAAGACCAUUUCGACAAAACGAUUCUACCGAAAGUCAUGCAGGUAAAAAAUUUUGGACGCAGCGGUAGGACCAAGUACACUCACUUGGUGGAUCAAGACACAACGCAAUUCGAUUCACCUUGGAUAUCGGAGACUGCGCAAAAUCUUAAGUUCCAUAAUAAUCAAGCGGCCGGGAUGAAACAAGUUUUUGAUCGACCUUCCUUAAAAAAGAGAAAAACUGAAAAUUGAAUCAUAAAUACUUUCUGUUUUUUUUAUUUUUAUUUUUUCCGUUUUGUUUUCUUAUAACAAUUACAUAUGGAAACAUUUGUAGAUACAAAUAUGGCAAUAUUAUUAACAAAUAUAAAACUUAGGAAAAACAGCAUUAUUGUAAUAAUGUAUAGUUCGAUUUAUAUUUCAUCAAUUCAUAUCAUUUUUCAUGUUUUUACAAAUAUAAUACUCUAACU